ACCAUGAAUAAUUUUGCUAAUUUUCAACAGAUUUGCAUCAAACUUGAUACACCCAUGUUGUUUGGGUCGCUAACUAUAAAUUCGGAAUCAUAUUUAAGAAAUUCAUAAUGGUGGAUUCAAUGUGGCAAUACAUAAAUAUUUAAUUUUGUUAGUUUUUGAAAAAUAUUUUUUUUACAUUAAUAUCCCCAUUAUUAGCAGGUGAAAUAUUUUGAAAGAAAUUCUUUACCGAAUGGUAUGAUGGGAAUUUCGGAUUUAUUACAGUUGUUAUCUGCGACCAAAAAUAUAUGUCGAGUUUGAUAUCCACAAUGAAAUAUCAAAGUUAGCUACUUGAAGCCACUAUAUUCCGUUAUUUGGAAUCAUAAAAUUUCGAUCCUAGAUUCGUUACUAGUUAACCCAAAAAGAAUUCUUAUAUACAAGCUUCCAUGUAAGAUACGAAAUUAUUCAUUUUUAUUAAUUUUGGCACAUUGAUUUUUGGUUCACUAAUGAACUGGUUAAAUAUUUUCCAGAAGUUUUUUCAUUCGAUAUAAGCUUCUGAAUUAUAUCGAGAAAAAUGUCUAACAAGCGGAGGAGGUUAUAAGUUGGUUAAAAAGUGCACAUACAUUGUUUAUAUCAACACAGUUUAAAUAAUAUUGUAAUGAAACAUAUUUAUCUCUCAUAUAUAAAGUAUCCUCUUGCGUGCAUAUAAAAGGCUCUUAUUUCUUACAUCUCUAACUUAUACUAUUAGUCAAUUAUAUUCAUUUUAUGGUUAAACUCAUGCUUUGAACGAUAAAUGUAAAAUGCUGAAUAAUAAUGUCGCUUCUAUCGUACGAUUCUUCUCAGAUUGUAUACGUCACUUAAGUAAAGGUCAAUGGAUUACAAUAAAAGUUCAUCCGUUUGACGCGUCGUUUAGUGCUCUCAAUUUGUCGUGACAAUGUCCAAAAAUUUGGUCAAUUCAAUACAGAAUGCUGUGUCAGAAGCGUUGUCAGGAUUAUGUUAUACUUAUCCGCAAUUAGAAUAUCAAAUAUCGCACAAAGUUGUAUUAUCGCCAGGUUAUAGAGAUCGUAAAGACAAGGUAGCAUUGAUUUGCGGCGGUGGCAGCGGACAUGAACCAUUUGCCGCAGGCUUUGUUGGAGCUGGCAUGUUGACAGCUUCUAUAGCGGGAUCUAUUUUUGCGGCCCCACCGUCUACUCACAUCACACAUGCUCUUCAGUACAUUGGGAAAAACAAUAAAGCUGGUGUUCUAGUCGUGGUACCUAAUUAUACAGGGGAUUGUUUAAAUUUCGGUAUAGCCAUCGAAAAGGCUCAGCUAGCAGGCAUCAAGGUGGAAGAAAUAACUGUUGACGAUGACUGCAGUAUUCCCGCAAGUGAACAAGGUGUGACCGGUAAACGUGCUCUGGUGGGCAUGUUGUUCGUUAUCAAAAUUGCAGGCGCUCUUGCUGAGAGAGGAUCACCUCUGCACGAAGUGACAGAAAUUGCGCGACACGUUUCACAAAAUACAGCAACGUAUGGAGUCGGGUUAACCGCAUGCGCUAUACCAGGUCAGGAUCUGAUGUUCGAACUUGCAUAUGAUGAAGUGGAGUGCGGAAUGGGUGUACACGGAGAGGCGGGCUACGAGAGAAUCAAGCUUGGAACUGCGUCCGAAAUGGUGUCAGUGAUGUUGGAACGCAUUUGCAAAACUUUAGUUUUAACCGCUAACAACUCGAUCGCAGUGAUAGUUAACAAUUUCGGUGGUUUAAGUCAGUUAGAACAAGGAAUCAUCGUUCAUGAAGUUGUAAAUCAGCUUCAAAAUAUGAGUAUACACGCUAUUCGCGUUUAUUCAGGCGUUUUGAUGACAUCCUUAAAUAGCGCCGGUGUACAUGUAAGUGUACUAAAAUUGAUAGAAAGUCACAAGGACGUGCUCGUCAAAUAUCUUGACGACGAAACGGCAGCACCUUGCUGGCCGGGUCGCAGCUACAGCAUUUCUUCGACCGUUACUCGCAUUCCAGCUGAACACGCGGAAAAAAGGAUAACAGAAAAGAUAGGAAUAUCGUUAAAUAUACAAGAACAACAUUUGACAAGGUUGUGUUUAGAAAAAGCAUGUGCAGCUAUCAUUGAGAAGGAGGCAUAUCUCAACGAGUUGGACCGUGGUUGUGGAGAUGGAGAUUGUGGAUCAACGCUGAGAAGAUUCGCCGAUGGUAUCUUAAAUAAUUUGAGUGAUUUGCCCUUAUCACAUCCAGCAGCAAUGUUAUCGGAAAUAGCGAAUAUAGCUGAGGAACAUAUGGGUGGGACUUCCGGAGCUCUGUAUUGUUUAUUUUUUACGAGCAGUGCAAAAGAGCUGGCAUCAUGCAAGCAAGGAAAAGACUUGCGAUGUGCUUGGUUCCGUGCAUUCUACAGUGGCUUAAAUUGUUUAAAAAGAUAUGGGAAAGCAAAAGUUGGAGACAGGACUAUGAUCGAUACAAUGGAUGCUGUAUAUACAACAUAUGAAAAAAUACCAAGUAAAGAUUGCAAUGUUUUUUAUUCUAAAAUUGCCGCAGCAGCGUGGAAAGGAUGCGAUUCUACAAAAGAUAUGAAGCCUAAAGCGGGACGCGCAAGUUAUGUAAAACAAGCCAAAUAUUUAACAAAAGAGGAUGCAGGAGCAUAUGCUGCAGCAAUAUGGAUUGAUGCUAUUACAGUGCAGUUGAUAACAUUUUGAUACCUACUUAUGUUACCUUUCUCAGUUGAGAUAUAUUAUUUAAGAGUAAAGAGUUUAUUUUAUCUCUUAAUAUAUUCUGAUUUGAUAUUUAUUCAUAUUACUAUAAGAUAUUGAGUUGUUAAGAAAAUCAUUGUAUUUUUUCCAGUGAUUCUCAAGUUCGUUUUAUACAAAGAAUGAACAUUAGUCAAUGA